AUGAGUAAAAGGUUAGCGAAACUGCACAAACCGUGCGACAAGCUGGACAAGUAUGACGACGAGCCGUACAUGCAGAACCCUUUGCUGAAGUUAUUCCUGUCCGAGGUGAAGGAGCGCCGCCACUAUAGUUUCAUUCGCAGGAAGGCGGCCGUGGAGAAAAUAAAAAUUUGUCGCAGUACAACAGUUGACUUUGAGGACGUGAUCCCGCGACCACAAUCAUACUAUGCCGAGCGGUUGCGUGAACAUGCCCGGCGUGCCCCGGUACCAAAGAUGUUGGCCAGCACGGAGUACAAGAUCCUGUCCUACGUUCCCAAGCGCUUGCGCGUCCAAUACCCGACCGUUCUGGCCGCCUACAUGACCGAUGUUCAUGCCGAAUUCGACAAAGUAAUGAAGGCUUACAGCUGCCAGAAGAUUCUGAAGCCAGGCCCGAACGAUUACGUACCGGAGCGAGUCAAGUUUGAGUUCAAGCGUGUUGGUCGUACGGACAACUACCGUAAUUAUAUGCGAUGCCGGGCUUAUAUCCAACGGAAUCUACUGCUGCCACACCCAUUCAUACGGUGUAUCGUGCACUACGCAUUCACCGAUCUGCCGGUGUAUUUCAAUGAUUAUGCGCGUUACCGAGCGGGAGAGGAGAUUACGCUGAACGAGCUGCGCGAUCUGAUCAAGAAAGAUCUGCAGGCGGUAAGCGCAUUAAUCACGAACCAAUGGUACCCCAAGAUUGUGGCUAUCCUCAGAAAGCACUACGAGCGGCGCACGUUACCAAAAUCGAUGUGGGCAAAGGUACUGCACUGUGCCGGUGGGCUCAUCAACCGACAGCUAAACGAGGCUAAGCUCCGCACAAUUGAUUAUCUGGAACGAACGAUCCGGAAUGUGCGCCAGAUUCCACAGAUGAAAAUCGUGGCCGUUUGUGACCGGGGUCAACUUGAUCUGUUUCCGAGCCUGAACGACAUAUACAGCGUGUACCAGAACGCGAUCGAUGAGGUAAUGGCGAUCGGAAAUCGUUUAGACUGUCUCGAGUCACUUAUCGAUCCGGCUGGUUUCGAGUCGACCAAGGGGACACCCUACCUGCGCAUCGGAAUUGCCGAACGGUGUAUUGAGGAAGCGCACAGCCAAAUACAAGAUGCACUAACCAGUGCCUUCGAACCGCUGACACACUAUCUGGAGAAUCUGCGGGAACAGUUCAGCGGCCUGCUCGAUCCGGCCACCGAGGAAGUGCUGGACGAUUUUCUGUCCGAGCCGCGAACCUUCGACGAGUAUAUCGAAAAGAUUGACGAGUUCCGUCGUUACAAGGAGCGGUUGCUGGCGAUGGUGCAGAAGGAGUACUUUCCGAUGGGCUACGUCACUCAAUCGGACGCGAUUGUAAGCCUACGGAAAAUGGUGGAACAGUACAUUGGACGUGUAGCGGAUCACAUUGAGAUCGAACAUCGGCGAGAGAUUGAACGCAUCUGCCGGGAGUUUGAGGAGAUCCAGGAGCGGGCCCUUGAAAUACCAACCUCGACCGAGCAGCUGAUGGCCAAUGGCGAGUACAUGACGCGCGUCAAGUCGGAUAUCAUCGAAGAACUGCGGGACAAGAUACAGAUCACUAUGAGGAUCAACGCGUACCUGGUGGAGCUGAAGGAGCUGAAAGCGGACCAGAUGCAGCUGCAGGUCGAAAGCGUCAAUUGGUACUUCCGUAUCCAGUCGGUGUUUGAAGUGAACUCGACGAACUUUGAGCAGUAUAAAUUUUCGUUUGAGGAAAAGCUACAGGAAGUGACGAAACAGCUGAACGAAAAGAUGGAAGAGAUGAUACCGCACAUCGCCAUUAUCAACGAUAUGACGGAAACUGAUAAGUUCCGGGAUUACAUCGUUGUGCUGCACGGUUACAUCGAUCAGAUCUUUGUGUUCGAAGAUUACGUAAAAUGGAUCAACAAAGAAGAGGUGCUGUUCAAGUUUCCCAAAUCGCAGUACCAGGUGCUCGAGGCGAUCAAGUCGUUUGUCGUACCUUUCUACAAGCUCAUCCGUCUGUGCAUGCGAUGGUUGCGCUACUACAAUGUGUGGAUGGAUGGGCCGUUUGAGUAUCUGGAACCGGACUUUGUGAAAUCCAAGACGGAGGAGUUUCUGAAAGAAUUUCAGAAGACGCAAAAGUACUACCGCAACCGCAUUAAGGCAGACAUGUUGGAGAAUACGCUGUGUAAAUUUAAGGGACAAACUGAAGAUCCCGAUCCAGAGAAGCAUCCCUGUCCCUUGAAGCUGUGCGCCCGGAUGGCGCAGUCGAUUCGAGAUUUUGACCGUGGUGUAUAUGUGGUGAAGAUCAUGUGUAAUCCGGCGCUGAAGGAUCGCCACUGGGACGAGAUGUCCGAGAUAGCCGGAUUCGAUCUUACACCGGAUGCUGGGACCACGCUGCGCAAGAUCAUUAACUACGGACUGGACCAUGAGCUGGAGAAGUUCGACAUAAUCAGUAUCGGCGCAAACAAGGAGCUAGCACUGCAGCAGAGUCUCCAAACGAUGAUCGCCGAAUGGGAGGGCAUCACCUUUAAGCUGAACGCGUACAAGGAUACCGGCAUCAACAUACUGUCGGGUCUGGACGAGAUACAAGCUGUACUGGAUGAUCACAUCAUGAAAACGCUGGCGAUGCGUGGUUCGGCGUUCGUGAAACCGUGUGAGCGCGAGGUGAAAGAAUGGUACCAGACGCUGACGCGCGUGAACCGAACGAUCGAUCAGUGGGGCAAGGUGCAGGGCGGCUGGCUAUACCUGCUGCCGAUCUUUUCCUCCAAGGACAUUGUUGCCCAGAUGCCGAAUGAGGGUCGCAUGUUCCAGCAGGUUGACAAAACCUACCGGAUGUACAUGAAGACGGUCGAGACGAACCGGUCGGUGAUAGGGGUGGCAGCCGCCAAGGGUGUCCAGGAGGCACUGGAACAGUCGAACGAGCUACUUGAGCAGAUCACCGACGGUGUGAACGAGUAUCUCGAGAAGAAGCGCCUCUUUUUCCCUCGUUUCUUCUUCCUCUCCAAUGACGAGAUGUUGGAGAUUUUGUCCGAGACCAAGGAUCCGCUACGCGUACAGCCCCAUCUCAGCAAAUGCUUCGAGGGCAUCCAUAGGCUCGAGUUCGACGAUCGGCUUGACAUCCACUCAAUGAUCAGCAUCGAACAGGAGCGGGUUGGCUUCGUGGAGUCCGUCUCCACGGUUGAGGCUCGAGGUAGCGUGGAACGAUGGUUAUCGUGGGUCGAGGCCGCUAUGCUCGGUGCGAUACGAUCCGAGUUGGAAGCGGCAUACCGUGCGUUCUCGGGUCCUCAACCUCGGACGCGCUGGAUCCUCGAUUGGCCGGGCAUGGUGGUGCUGUGCGUGUCUCAGAUCUACUGGGCCGCCGCUAUACACCAGUGCUUCCGGAGGCGCAACAACACACUUAUACUGGAUCUGUUUGAGCGGCUGCAGGUGGAGCUGAUGAGCGUGGUAGCCUUGAUGCGUUCGAAGGACCUUACCAACCUGGAACGCAUUACGGUGAAGGCACUGAUCGUGGUCGAUGUGCACGCCAAGGAUGUCGUACAGGAGUUGAUCAGAAGCCGGGUCAGCGCGGAGGAUGACUUCCAGUGGUUGGCGCAGUUACGCUACUACUGGGAAGAGGCCACGAACAUGGACACUGCUGCGACCGUUGGUCUCGAUAGUGGCGGCAGUGUGACAGUGAAGAUCAUUAAUGCGGCAGUUCCAUUUGCUUGCGAGUACCUGGGUAAUUCUGACCGGCUUGUUAUCACUCCAUUGACCGAUCGCUGCUACCGCACGUUGAUGGGCGCCUAUCAGCUUCACCUGAACGGCGCACCGGAAGGACCGGCCGGUACCGGCAAAACGGAGACGACGAAGGAUCUCGCCAAGGCGCUCGCCGUACAGUGCAAGGUGUUCAACUGUUCCGACGGUCUCGAUUACAAGGCGAUGGGCAAAUUCUUUAAGGGGCUCGCCUCAUCCGGUGCUUGGGCCUGUUUCGACGAGUUCAACCGUAUCGAGCUGGAGGUGCUGUCGGUGGUCGCACAGCAAAUACUCUGCAUCGUGCAGGCCGUUCGGGCAGGUGCGGCGCGCUUCAACUUCGAGGGUACCGAGCUGACACUGAAUCCAGCCUGCUACGUCUGUAUUACGAUGAACCCGGGAUAUGCCGGCCGAUCGGAGCUGCCGGACAACCUGAAGGUGCUGUUUCGAACGGUCGCCAUGAUGGUGCCGGAUUACGCAAUGAUAGGCGAGAUUUCGCUCUACUCGUUCGGGUUCACCAAUGCGCGCACGCUUGCGGUCAAGAUCGUCACCACGUACCGGCUCUGUUCGGAGCAAUUGUCGUCGCAGAACCACUACGACUACGGUAUGCGCGCGGUCAAGACGGUGCUGCAGGCGUGCGGUAACCUGAAGAAGGUGCACCCGGACGAGGACGAGGAGAUUCUGCUGCUCCGUUCGCUGCUGGACGUCAAUUUACCCAAAUUUCUUGCCAACGAUGUACCGCUGUUCGAGGGCAUCAUCUCAGAUCUGUUCCCGGGCGUCGAGCUACCGCGGGCCGAUUAUACCUUGCUGGAGCGUGCGUUCCGCGAGGUCUGCACCGAGCUGAACCUCCAACCGACUGCUGGUUUCCUCACCAAGGUAAUACAGACGUACGAGAUGAUGAUCGUGCGUCAUGGAUUCAUGCUGGUCGGCGUACCGUACUCGGGCAAGUCAAUGACACUGCGUGUACUGGCCAGUUGUUUAGCGCGACUGAAAACAGCGACCCACCGCGGGAACGGCGCAUCCAACCCGUACUUCCAACGAACUCAAUUCGAAGUAGUCAAUCCGAAGGCGAUCACGAUGGGCCAGCUUUACGGUGCGUUCGAUCCGAUUUCGUACGAAUGGACGGACGGUAUCGCGUCGACCAUCUUCCGGCGGCAGGCAACCGACACGUCACCGGAUCGGAAGUGGCUCGUCUUUGAUGGACCGGUUGAUGCAGUCUGGAUUGAAAACAUGAACACGGUGCUGGAUGACAACCGGAAAUUGUGCCUCACGUCCGGUGAGGUGAUCACGAUGAGCGGUACCAUGUCGAUGAUUUUCGAGGUGAUGGACCUGGAGCAGGCCUCGCCGGCCACCGUCUCCCGGUGUGGUAUGAUUUUCAUGGAACCUUCCGUGAUCGGUUGGGAGGCGUUGGUGGAAUCGUGGAUUGCGCGCUGUAAUAACGGCUGGACGCACGAGUGGCACGAUCUGCUGAUGGCGCUCUUUCGCUGGCUCAUACCGGAUUGUUUGGCAUUCGUGCGGCACCAUGGUCACCAGUAUUUGCAACCGGGCGAUACUAGCCUGCUCAUGGCGACGCUCACCAUAUUCGAGAUGGUCAUCGACGAAGCGUGCCACGAAAGCCCGGACGAGUACGCCAAAUAUUUAUUCACCUGGUUCCAGGCCGCCAUGAUGUACGCCGUCGUUUGGGGUCUUGGAGGCAUACUGGAAAUGGAAUCGAAAGUGAAGUUUGAUGAGUUCUACCGGGAGAUUUGGAAGGGAACCGACGAGCAGCACCCGGUACCGGAGGCGGUCGGGAAGAUUGACGUGUCCAUGCCGGGCGAGGGCAUGAUCAUCGACUAUGUGUAUCACUUCAAGCAGAAGGGCUCGUGGCGCUACUAUCCCGAUAUGGUAAGGCAGAUGAAGAAUGAAGCCGGUUUCACGCUGCUUGUCCCUACACUCGAUUCGGUGCGCUAUAUGCAUAUCCUCGACAUUCAUGUGAAGAACAAGAAGCCACUACUGCUUGUUGGACCGACGGGUACGGGCAAAACGUAUUACAUCCAGAACUACAUGAUGAGCAAGAUGGAUCAGGAGCGGUGUCUACCGACGUUCAUCACCUUCACGACGCAGAUUACGGCCAACCAAACGCAGGAACUGAUCAUAUCGAAGCUAAUCAAGAAGAAGCGAGGCGUGUACGGGCCACCGAACGGUCGAACGUGCGUACUGUUCAUCGACGACAUGAACAUGCCGGUGAAGGAAGUGUAUGGGGCUCAGCCAGCCAUCGAGCUGAUGCGCCAAUACUUCGAUCAGGGGCAUUGGUACGAUCUAAAGGACACCUCGAAGGUGUACCUGCGUAAUAUCCUUGUGAUGGCAGCUUGCGGGCUGGUCGGUGGCAGCCGCCAGGACGUCUAUCCACGUUUCCUGUGCCACUUCAACAUUUUCGCGAUCAGUAACUUCAACGACGAGACGAUGUUUAAAAUCUUCUCGGCCAUACUGCUCGAUGGGUACAAACGCGGUGGCCACGCGUCCGACGUUAUCAACGUGGUGAACAUGAUCGUCAGUGCGACGCUGGAUACGUACCAGUUUGCGUGCGUCAAGCUAUUGCCGACGCCGGCCAAAUCGCAUUACAUCUUCAACCUGCGCGACGUGCUGCGCGUGAUCAGUGGGUGCGCGAUGUUGAAGCGCGAAUCGGUCGAGAGCAAGAAGCUGUUUCCGAAGCUGUGGCUACAUGAGUCAAUGCGUGUUUUCUACGACCGCCUGGUCGACGACGGUGAUCGGGUGUUCGUGUUCGAUAAGUUGCUCCAGAACCUGAAGACAUUCUUCAAGGAGACACCGCAGACGCUGCUACCGGAACUGUUCGAUGAGGCAACCGGUGCGGUACGCUUGGCCAGUCUCAACAAUCUCAUGUUCGGCAGCUACUUUGAUGCGGACGCUGAGCCCGAGGAGCGCAAAUACGAAGAGACGGCACACGUAGAGCAGUUGCGAGAUCUAGCGAGCAAAAUGCUGGCCGAGUACAACAGUGCACAGUCCAAGACGAAGCUGGACGUGGUGCUGUUCCAGUACGCGCUGCAACACCUGAACAAGGUAUGCCGCGUGAUUUCGAUGGCCGGUGGAAGCUCGCUGCUGAUCGGUAUGGGCGGCUCGGGGCGCCAGUCGCUAACCAAGCUGGCAGCCCAAAUGUGCGGCCAAUCGCUGUUCCAGCCCGAAAUCACCAAGUUCUACGGGCUGGCCGAGUGGCGUGACGAUCUGAAGAAGGUGUUGAAGGAAGCGGGCGGAUUGGGACACGAUACGGUGCUGCUGUUGACCGAGGCUCAGCUGCAGCAAGAAGCGUUCCUGCAGGACAUCGAUUGUCUGCUGAAUCUGGGCGAGGUACCGAACCUGUUCGCGAUCGAUGAGAAGCAGGAGAUCCUGGAGCUGGUGCGGCUGGCAGCACAAGGUGGCAACCGGAAUCUUGACAUCAGCCCGCUCGAGGUGUUCCAAUAUUUCGUGAACCGGUGCAAGCAGAAGCUACACAUCGUGAUCUGUUUCAGCCCGAUCGGAGGUGCACUGAGGACGCGCAUUCGCCUCUACCCGUCGCUGGUUAACUGCUGUACGAUCGACUGGUACGAUUCGUGGCCAGAGGAUGCCCUGGAGAAGGUGGCCGAGAGGUACAUGAAGGAACUGAGUGUAUCGACCGAGGUGAAGCGCUCGAUCGUGGUACUGUGCCAGCAGUUUCACGUGAUCGCGCGGGACAUCGCGGCUGAGUUUACGGCCGAUACGGGGCGCAUCACCUACAUCACAUCCGCCUCGUACCUCGAGCUUAUCCGCUCCUUCCGAAACUUGACGCAGCGCCACCAAGGCGAAAUCAUGGGUAACAAGCUACGGUAUCUCGGUGGCUUGGAGAAGCUCGGAGCGGCGGCCGAUGCCGUGUCAAAAAUGCAGAUCGAGCUCAACGCGCUUCAACCGACGUUGCUCGUGAUGGCGGAAAAUUCGCGCAAAAUGACGGAGGAGAUUGAGCGGGAGUCGCUGGAGGCGACGGCGGCAACUGAACAGGUGAAGAAGGACGAGUUGGUCGCGAACGUACAGGCGGCUGAAGCGCAGGUACUCAAAGCGGACUGCGAGAAGGAUUUGGCAGGAGCGAUUCCGAUCCUGGAGGAAGCGAUCCAAGCGCUCAACACACUCAAACCCACGGAUAUUACGCUGGUAAAGUCUAUGAAGAACCCGCCCGAGGUGGUAAAGCUAGUGAUGGCGGCCGUAUGCGUCAUGAAGGGUAUCUCGCCGGACAAGGUGGCCGAUCCGGCCACGGGUAAGAAGAUGCUCGACUACUGGGGUCCCAGCAAACGACUGCUCGGCGACCUAGCCUUCCUGCAGACACUAAAGGACUUCGACAAGGACACGAUCAACCCGGACAUUAUGCGCAAGAUCCGUAAGGAUUUCAUCCCGCACAAGGAUUUCCAGCCGCACAUCGUGGCAAAGGCGUCGAGCGCGGCUGAGGGUCUGUGCAAGUGGAUUAUCGCGAUGGACCUGUACGAUGCGGUCGCCAAGAUUGUCGCACCGAAGAAGGAGAAGCUGCGCCAGGCCGAGAAGGAGUACGCGGAAACGAUGGCAAUCCUGAACGAAAAGCGAUUACUGGCAGCGAACCUCGAACGGCGGGUGGCCGAACUGAACGACAACCUUGAGAUCGCCAACCGUAAGAAGCAAGAGGUCGAGGACGAGGUGCAGCUGUGCAAGGACAAGCUGCAGCGAGCGGAAACGCUGAUCGGUGGACUGGGUGGUGAAAAGUCACGCUGGAUCGCGUCAGCCGAGCAUCUGCAACGGCUGUACGACAGUUUGGCCGGCGAUAUUCUCGUUUCAAGCGGUGUGAUCGCCUACCUGGCACCGCUGGCGGCUGGGUAUCGCACCCGUUGCAUUUCCUCAUGGCAUGCGCUGUGCUUGGAGCACCAAAUUCCAUGCUCACCUCAAUACAGUCUAGUGGAGGUGCUUGGCUCAAAGAUCAAGAUCCAAGGCUGGAACAUAGCCGGUUUACCGACCGAUGCUUUCUCUACCGAGAACGCGAUCGUAAUGGACUGCUCGUCGCGCUACAGUCUCUUCAUCGAUCCGCAGCUACAGGCGAACAAGUGGAUCCGCAACCUGGAGCGCAACAAUCACCUGGUGGUGGUGAAGUUUACGCAGUCGGACUACAUGCGCAAGAUCGAGGCCUGUAUCGAGCAGGGACACCCGGUGCUGAUCGAGAACGUGCUGGAGGAGCUCGAGGCACCGCUCGAUCCGCUGCUCAACCGGAACACCUACGUUCAGGGUGGCAUCGAGUAUGUGUCGAUCGGUGAGAACGUCAUUCCGAUGUCACCCAAGUUCCGCCUCUACCUUACAUCGGCCCUGCGCAACCCACACUAUCUCCCCGAGGUGUACAACAAGGUAACAGUGAUCAAUUUCGCGCUCACUAUUCAGGGCCUGGAGGAUCAGCUGUUGGGCAUCGUGGUGGCGAAGGAGCGCCCGGAUCUACAGGAGCUGCGCCAGAGUCUGAUACUACAGGGUGCCCGCAACGUGGCAAUGCUGAAGGAUGUCGAGGAUCGAAUCCUGAAAACGCUGUCCGAAAGCAAGGGCGACAUCCUGGAGGACGAGAGCGCUAUUCGGAUCCUGGACGACUCGAAGCGCAUCUCGAGCGAGAUCGUCCAGAAGCAGGAAGAUUCACGCGAGAUCGAGCAGCGGAUUGAGGCGUUCCGGCAGAGCUACCGUCCGGUAGCUGUCCACUCGUCUACGCUCUACUACUGCAUCACCGAGUUACCGAACGUUGAUCCGAUGUACCAGUUUUCGCUCGCCUGGUUCGUUAACCUAUACGUCUACUCGAUCGAGAACGCGAACCGAACGAAGGAGCUGUACCGUCGACUGAAGUACCUGAUGGACGCAGUCACUCUAAACCUCUACACUAAUGUCUGUCGCUCGCUAUUCGAGAAGGAUAAGCUGCUAUUCUCAUUCAUUCUGACGACAAAGAUAAUGCUCUCCUGUGGCCAGAUUGAUCCGCUCGAGUUCCGUUACCUCCUGCAAGGGCCGGCCGCGACCGGUGAGGCCAACCGGCAACCAGUCGACCGUCCGACCAAUCCCGACCCAGACUGGAUCACGGUGAAGCUGUGGGAGGAUGUGUGCGCGUUGGAGCAAUUACCUGAUUUUACCGGUUUCGCCGGCAGCUUCGCAGGGAAUCGAAACGCCUGGCGGGCAUACUACGAUGCCGAGGAACCGCAGACACUACGACUUCCAGCACCGUGGGAUGAAAAGACGAAUCGUUUCGAGAAGCUGAUCGUUCUGCAAACGGUACGCCCGGACAAGUUCGUACUGGCCAUCACGGAGUUUGUGGCAUCGGAAAUGGGACCGGCGUACGUGGCGCCACCACCAUUCGACAUCGCACGAUCGUUCGAGGACUCCAAUUGUCUGACGCCACUCAUCUUCAUCCUUUCGCCGGGAGCCGAUCCGAUGAAUGCGCUUCUGGCGUACGCCGAGAAGAUGGGUUUCGAUGAAACUUUUCAGGCGAUCUCACUCGGCCAGGGGCAGGGUCCGAUCGCCGAAGCCAUCAUCGAACGGGCGCAGCAGGAGGGAAGCUGGGUGUGCCUGCAGAACUGCCAUCUGGCGGGAUCGUGGAUGCCGACGCUGGAGUAUCUGUGGGAGAGUAUGGACCACUACAACACGACCACCUCGUUCCGCCUGUGGCUUACCAGCUACCCUUCACACCAAUUCCCGGCCGCGCUGCUCCAGAAUGGUAUCAAGAUGACGAACGAGCCACCGACGGGACUGCAGCAAAAUCUACUGCGUUCCUACCGCUCUGAACCAAUGAAUGAUGAUGCGUUCUAUACCGGUUGUCCGGGCAAGGACCGGGCCUUUUCGAAGCUUUUGUUCGGUGUCUGUUUCUUCCAUGCCGUCGUGCAGGAGCGGCGCAAAUUCGGACCACUCGGUUGGAACAUUGCGUACGGUUUCAACGAGUCCGACUUCCAGAUCUCUGUACUGCAGCUGCAGGUGUUCCUGAACCAGUAUGACGAGAUACCGUACGAAGCGAUCAAUUAUCUGGCCGGCGAAUGCAAUUAUGGUGGUCGUGUCACCGACGCUUGGGACCGGCGUGCGAUCGUGACGAUCCUGCGGGACUACGUGAACGAACAUGUCGUGCACGAUCCUAGCUAUCAGCUGUCCGACUUGUCGGAGUGUUAUGCGAUCCCGCUACGCAACGAACACCGCGAGUAUUUGACCCACAUCACCAACAACAUCCCGAACUUCCCAAGCCCGCUAGUGUACGGACUGCACCCGAAUGCGGGCAUCACGCGCGAUCUGGCCGCCUCCCGGACUCUCAUCGAUGCCAUGAUCACGACGCAGGGCGGUACGAGCGGAGGCAGUGAAGCGCAGAUCGAGCAGCAAGUGCUCAGAACGAUCGACGAGAUCGCCGCCCUUUUACCGGACGACUUUGCGCUUGAACAGGCCAAGCUCCGCUAUCCCGUGGACUACGCCGAAUCGAUGAACACGGUACUGGUGCAGGAGAUGGAGCGGUUCAAUGGUCUGCUCGGCGAGAUCCGGACAAGCUGCGUCAAUCUCCGACGUGCUAUCGCCGGUCUGAUUGCUCUUACGCCCCAACUCGAGGCCGUCUACGGUGCCGUCCAGCAUCGACGCAUCCCGGCCAGUUGGGCGAAGCGAUCAUACCCGAGCCUGAAACCGAUCGGUUCGUAUGUGACCGAUUUUCGACGUCGAUUGGACUUUCUGCGAAGCUGGCACGACGACGGCAAACCGGAUACGUUCUGGCUAUCCGGGUUCUACUUUACGCAGGCUUUCCUCACCGCCGCCAUGCAGAACUAUGCCCGUCGGCACCGCAUACCGAUCGAUCAGCUGACCUACGAUUUCCAGAUGCUGCCAGUGGCAAGUGUUGCGGCCGCGCCCGAGAACGGAGUGUACGUGUACGGGUUGUUUCUGGAGGGAGCACGAUGGGACCAGACAAAAGGAUGCCUUGAGGAGCAGCUGCCCAAGAUGCUGAUCGACGGGAUGCCCCUUAUCCAUUUGCUACCGACGGUGAUCGCCGAUUUGGUCGAGGGAUCGCGCUACAAGUGCCCCGUCUACAAAACGGCCGAACGGAAGGGAACACUCUCAACUACGGGCCACUCGACGAACUACGUCCUACCGGUGCUCCUACCUACCGGUCGGCUUUCAGCCAACCAUUGGGUUAAGCGCAGCGUGGCGCUUCUCUGUCAGACCUCGGAUUAA